UUUUCCUGUUGUACCAAUGAAACAAAGCUUCGGCCAUAAAAAUUCUGAAUGAAAACAACUGUCACAAGUUUUCCAAUUAGAAGUAGUAAUGGAAGCGGAGUUGACAAUUACUGAUUCCAUAGCAAUAAAAAUAUUGCAUGGAGGAGCGAUACUUACAGGUGUUGGCAAUGAAUUACACCUUCAUUUACCGAAAUCAUCUAAAAGCCUCGUGCUUGCGCAUAAAUUGCGCGCCAAAGUGCAUGGAAUUGCGGAUGUAUUGUUGAAAAGUGGAACUUCUAAUGAAGGAAGAAUUAUCAUACAUGGCGAAAAAGAAUGCAUGUUAAUGCAAUAUAUUUACGAAGAGUAUGAGUACACCUUUAAGGAGCUUUCUCAUUUUCGGCUUACUGACUGGAUAAGUUCAGCACGCUUUCUUCUAAACCCAAAUGAAUUCGUUCUUCUAACGUCCCAUAGUGUGGUGCUACGUUUCAAGUAUGAAGAGAACGCGGGACAAGGGAAUUCUUGUAAAGUCACAGCAAAGUCAUCCUCUAGUGAUAAAUCCACACUUUAUUGUUCCCAUAUUCGCGGCAGAAUAUUUGAGGAUUUGGUAAUUUUUGGAGGAAAUGCUUUUGGGGAACUUCUCAUUUGGAAGCCAUUUGUUGCUGAAACUAUAUCUCCAAAGAGAGAUUGCAUUGAAGUACAAGUGGAAUUAAAGCAUAGACAACCAGCUCAUAAUGGAGUUAUAUUUUCAAUUGACUUUGAUGAUGAAUCUGAUUUGCUAACUACAACAUCGGAUGAUCGGUCAAUACGCUUUUGGAAGCUUGAAAAAAUUACGGAAAAUUCUUGGAAUGAUAUAAAUCUUAAUGCAAUUGCUAGUGGAUAUGGUCAUGUUGCUCGUGUGUUCCAAGGAAAAAUUAUACAUUGUGCAGAUGGAAAACCGAUGGCUGUGACUGUAGGAGAAGAUUCUCAUUUUUGUAUUUGGAACAAUAGGGCGGAGUUAUUGUUCAAACAACGUAUUCAAUAUGGUGCAGUCAUUUGGAACUUCGAAUAUGACAAAUAUACGCACUCAUUGUAUACAGUCGGAUCGACGGGCAAUCUAUUGGCAUACAAUGUUGAAGAUGUAUUGAAACGGAAAUCGGAGCUUUUUUCAACAACUAUAAUUGCACCAGAUUUAGAACCAAAGGAAUAUGUGACUAAAGCAAAAUUUAUCGAAUCUAAUAUGCUAGUUGGUAUAACAAAUAGAAAUCGUCUUAUGCACGCCCGCCUCCUAUAUAACGAGGCAAAUAAUACACAUGAAUGCGGUGCAUGGCAUAUCAUAGAUAUAAAUAAAAAUUAUAAAUGCACUGCGCUGGAGGUACAAGACAACUAUAUAGCGAUAUGUGGCUACAAACGAUUAACACUGAUUAAGUAUUGCCACGAAAGCGAGUUCGUGAUACUAUUCGAUGACGAUAUACUUGACGGUGUGAUACGUUCAUUCCAUUUUCUAAAUAAUAAUUCAUUUCUAAUUUCUGACGAAACUGGAAAGUGUUUGCUACUUGAAGAUGAAAACCUACUGGUUCGAAUCGCUGUUCCACUACCACAUUGCAAAGAACCAUGGACCACAACAGCACUACGUAUUCAAAUGAAAGGAAUUAAAGAUUAUCUGCUGGUUAGUAAUCGUAUGGGAAACACAAUACUGUUUAAUAUCGAUUAUGACACGGCUGGUUGCACAUAUCUGGACACUAUUCGGCAUUUACAUGGCCCAUUAGGAGCCACAAUGUUUCGCCUCCAAGAAGUUCAGAAGGAUGAGAUAUUUAUUCAAAGCAGCGGUCAUGAUGGAACAUUGCGGUUGCUUUGUAUAACAAAAGAGUCGGACACAAUUGCAGCACAUCAACGCACAUUUGUACCUGUCGCUUGGGUUGAGCAAUUAAUUUUAAUUGAAAACAAUGAAUUUCUUUUGGGAUUUAACGAUAACCAUUUCGUGAUAUGGUCUCACGAUCAUGACAUUUCGGUACAAAUUCCCUGUGGUGGUGGCCAUCGAAGUUGGCAUUACAAUGUUACUUCUGACGCUGGAAAAAAGUUUGUGCAGUUGGUGUUUAUAAAGAAUAAAGAGCUCAGACUUCAUAAGCAUAAACUGUGCCAUAUCUUUUCGAAAUGUAAGAAGAUAUUACGAAAUCAGUGGCAUACUCGUUCUUGUAAUAUCUUGAGUCUGGUUGAACCACCAGACAACAGUGCAUUACAUUUUAGUACGCUUGUAAGUGCCGGGGACGAUAACGUGGUAAAAAUAUCUAAACUAACAACUAGAGGUCGAUUAGAGCAAUGCGCGGAAUUGCAUUCACAUAUAUCAAAUGUGAGAGCGCUAAAAAUUCUACAAGUUCAAUCAGACACUGCGUUAAUUUUCACAGGCGGCGGACGUGCACAACUGUGCAUAGCGCUUUUGGAUCUGAAAACUUUUCGUGUCCAAGAGCUUGUAAGUUAUACUUUACAUAAUCAGAAUGCGCCAAACGACAAAACACACGCUUACCGAUCCGAUCCGGAAACGCGAAUAAUGUCAUGUGAUGUAGUUAAAAUGAAUUCAUGUAUUCCGGACAAUAAUGUAGAAUAUUUGGUUUUCCUUUGUUGUUCUGAUGGUUAUUUGCGCAAAGUGCACUUUAGUGAAUCUUUUAAAGUUUUAUCUGAGUUCGCUUUCUAUUACGGCUGUUGUCCGCUGCAGGUACGAGCGUUUGCAAACUCUUAUGUUCUAAUAGCAGGUACAAAUGGAAAAUUGCGUCUGUUCUACAUGAGUUUGGUGGAGUUACCCAUUGAACUGUUACAUCACGCCAGCGGAGUAAAUGCAAUGGAUAUAUACUAUGAGGAUAACACCUGCAUGCUCCAUAUACUUACUGGUGGGGAUGACCAGUCCGUUUCCUAUACAUCUCUAGAAAUGCAUAACAAAAACACAUUUCAGGUUAAAAAUACAUUUUGUAUCUCCAACGCACACUCUGCACAAGUAACGGCUGCGCAGUUUACUUUCGAUGACGAGACGCUUUGCGGAUAUACUUCUGGCUUGGACCAGGUUGUAAACAAGAUCCACUUGCAAAAUCCAAAGGCGGAGUUCAUUUCUUAUACAUCCAUAUCAGACACCAAAGGUCUACGGAUAGAUAAUUCCAAACGAUGCUACGUUUAUGGCUGUGGCAUUCAAGUUUUCAAAUUGAAAUGAUCCAAA